AUGGGUCAAGCCCAAUCAAACGGCCCUGCCUCGGCACAUUUCCAACAUGAUAGAAGGAUUACCAGUCAGCCUGAAUUACGUUCAACAUCUUCGGCAAACAAAGUGUUGAGCAAUAACCAACGUGUGGUUUCCGAUAAUCCCACAAAUACAAACAGUCGUCGUGGUUUGAUCGGGCCGAUGCGUAGUAGAGUCAAAGGAAAAUUUCCACCUAUUGCUUCUCGUUCACAAAGACUUAUCGAUCCUUUCGAACAACCGCAACCACGUUUCUCUCCACGUUCAGAUGCUCCCGUUAAAGAUGCUGGAAUAAGUGCUUAUCCUGAAUGGACAACCACAUUGACAAGUGUUCCAACCAAUUCACCUUCUGUUCGACAAAGUGCUGAAGAGCGUCAAUCACCUCCACGUAGUAAUACCUUGCCCACUCGAUUUGAUACUGGACAUGCAGCUCGAUCAGCACAUGUAGAUUCUAUAUUCGGAGCAGGCGGACGUCAGAGUAUCGAAAGUGAUCAAGGAAUGUCAAAUUUGAAUCGGGCUACUGUCAAUGACAAUCGAUCGUCUCCUCCUUCAAGGCAAACGCCUCCAGGAUCAAGCGCAUCACCUUCGCCCAACCCAUCUCCUCGUCCUGAGUAUCGAGUAAGCGCUCAACCUAGUCACCCAAGCAUUACAGAGUUACCUGAGACUGAAGGAGCCGAUGCAAAUUCCAUUAUGGACAGCAGACGAUCUUCUGCUGAGACAAUUCGUACAGCUUCAAAUGCAGCUACAGCGAAUCCAGGAGGAAGAGAUGAAAAUGAUCGAAGGGAAUACUUGCAUCCUUUGCGAGCAUCAGACGACGAUGGCAUUCAACAACACGGCAAGCGCUUAUCUGAUAUGACUACUGCCUCUUAUGAAGCUUCAAGUAUUGCUCCUUCUACUGCUUCAGGUUUGGCUAGGAAAGCCGCCGAUAAAUCCAAUCAACAAACAUUGUUGGCUUACUGGCAAGCAUCCGAUAGUCGUAAUCAGGCAUCAACUUCUGCUUCUGGACAUCUUUCUCCUCCAGCCUUUCAACAAUCACCCCACCGUCAUAGCUGGGCUUCUAGUCGAUCGGGUGCUCGAUCACCGGGAGAGCCUAGAAAUCUGUCACCUUAUCGUCAAGUGGCAGGGAGAUGGACAUCUCAUUGGGAAGACAGACGUGGUUUGGGCAUCUCUGAUUCUAGCGAUACAUUAGAUGCACAAUUGCCAUUGAAUGUCCAAGAUGCUUCCCCUGUAGCAGAAAAUGAAUUAAAUCUUGUCAGGGCUUCCAAACCUUCAUCUGAAUUAGAGGUGAACACCAGAAUUCAAGAUGCCGGCUGGCAGGAGGAGAAAGACGUCGAGUCUGAAAGACGACCUGGCACAUCACCCACCCGUCCAAAUCGCAAGCCUGUUCCUGAUCAUGAUUUCGGACCAUCACCUACAACACCAACACGAACGCAAGCAAGACUUUCAGAACCUUUCAGUAUCUCUGAAACAGACGGAAAUACGUCCAAAAGGACAAGCGAUCAAAGUCACUUAAGUUCCACCACAGGUGCUCUACAUCAACACGUAGAGAAGUUGCGUGCUGGUCCUACUUUCCAGAUCGAUGAAGAUGCUUCGCACUUGUUGAACCCCAAACAACGAAUUCUUGAAACGGAUGAGCCUCCUGCUACACCGAAAGGACAUGGCACCGCUGCUGCAGUCUCCUUCGAUCCUCCAUCGUCUGCCACUUCAUCGCCUCAACAGAAACGUGGAAGGGCAUUAAGCUUAAGCUUGAUGGCAAGGUUGAAGAAUCGAACGAGAAAGAGCUCAGAUGCGUCUGUCUUAUCGAUCCGAUCACCCUCUUUCAAUCGCAUAGACCCGCCUUCUCCGGCCGUGUCAACGCCCCAAACUCCGUUAUCACCUGUGGUGCAAUUGCGUAGAGAAAGUGAUCUCACGUAUGAAUCAACUUCUGUUGCUAAGCAGCCAUCGACUCAAGGGCAUACAAGACAACCAUCUUCUCCUGCUCGUUUGUAUCAGAUGGCACGUCGACCUUCACGCAAAGCUGCACCUACAACCGCUUCUUCUGAUACAAAUGUGAUCUCUUCUUCUAUGCCAAGGUCAUCUUCGCAGGUGAAUGUUACCAAAUACAACAAGGAUGCUGCUUUGAUCACGACGAAAGCGCCUUCAAUGCAACGUAAAUACAGUUCCAACACUGCUACUGCUCGUCAUUCAAGACCUGCAAGUAUCGCUAGCCGUCGUAGUUCACGUAGUAAAAGAAGUUCCAAUACUAGUUUACGGACAGCUGCUGCUAGUCAUGCGGUUAGCUCUACCAGAGCGCAAGGUACUUCUUCCCCUAUGGCGGCAAGUGCAUCCACUGCAAUUGCAUCUAGCGGUAGUGGACCAUGGUGGAAUCCUUGGUCACGUAAGAAUAGCGUGACAGGAUUAUUGGGUAACAACGAAAAGGCCAAGAACGAAAUCUCUGAAGAAGAACAAGGAUGGGUUGAUGAUCCGAUGGAAGAUGAUCGUGGAAUUGUUUCACCUGUGGCUGAAGAUUUUUCUUCAAUGAAUAUUGCCGGACCUGAGAAAGUACAACAACCUUGGACGCCUGCUUGGUCUAAUAGAGUAACACACGCGCGUAGAAUGUCGGAAACAAGUCAAUCUUCUGUUGAGCAAAAAGGCACUCAAGAUGUUCACCCUAUUGCACAAACUUCUUCCCGUGAAUCACCACCUCUAGCAUUCAUUGGACCAAAUGCUCCUGUUUCAAUGACUUCCUCUUCUUCUUUUUCCUCGUUGGCUCCUAUUCCUGCCCCUGCCCCUGUUCCACCGCCUAGAAAGCAUCGAAGAGGCUCACGCAAGACGGAUUCAAGCAGUCAAAAUGCUUCUUCAUCUUCUACCAAUUCUCCUGGCAUGCACGGAAAUGAAGUAGGUACAAUGGCAAGAAAUAUGUCGAAGAAUGACCGCUCUGAUUCGUUGGAUGGAGACGAGGAGUUUUAUUCACCGAUGGAACAAAAUCGUGAUCUUGACUUCGUCAACAAUAGACGGGAUUCAUCUCAAACAGAUACCAUUCGCGGACCAAAAGUCUACUCUGCUGGAGUGGUAGAUUUAUCACAAGCUGGAGUAUCAAAUACAGAUACGAGAGAAUCACUUCUUUCUGAUGAUUUAGAUUAUGCUCCCACGGUUCAUGAUAAGCAAGAAGCAAGUUCAAGAGCUGAUGAUCUGGACAAUGCCGUUACUUCGCAAUUUUAUCGAUCUUCCAUCAUUGAUCCACGUCGUGCUAGAGGCAACAAUUAUGCAAACCUUUCUCCUGUACGAGAGAUAAUGACACCAGAAAGUCGGAUCGCAAGUGAUGAUCGUUCUGGCGCUCGUUCAGCUGCAAGUACGUUCGAUGCACUCUCUCAUCAUCGUGUCAAUAGUGGCGCAUCGAUGGGCAUGAUCGCAAUUCCAACACAUGCAACGACAGAUUAUCGGGCUGGCACAUCUACGCCUGAACGUAGGCCAUUGCCGGCACCUUCAGUUGUUGCUGAACCCAGAGCGGAUAUGUCUUCUGUUCAUCGUACAAAUAGCAUCAGCAGUAGUUUUGCAACUUCUGCCGCUGGUGGACAGACCAGCAUUGGAUCGAUGCAAAAGCAUGCAGGUGAGGGAGGCAUGCCAAACGCAGCUACUGCGAUUGCUCGAAGGAGCACUUCAACAAAAGCUACAGCAACCUCUCCACCUGAAGAUUCACGUUUACGAGCAUCAUCUAUGCCUUCUAAAUCACGUUCUCCCCUUGCACAAUCUAGCUCACCCCCUCCAAUGGAAAGACAUACAAUCAGUCGUUCUGUUGGUGCGAGAUUGAGUCAACAAAGCAUUGCAGCUACUGCUCGUGAAAGUUGGAUGUCAAGCGAUGGACCGUGGGAUGGAAAGGUGGUAGACGUAUCUACUGUGGUUGCCCUACCAGCCGCAAAAGGUGGUGCAAAACCUGUUCAAGGUAUUGUUCGCAGACAAAGAUCUCGUUCAACGCCAUUUGCCUUGCAAGAUGUACUGAAUGAUGAUAUUCAACGUGAAGAAAGAAUGCUUGAGGAGAAUGCACCGCCAGAAGCAGUACCGUUUGCUGAGACUGCUGUUCAAGCAAGUUUGGCUGCUUUACAGGCUUUGGAGAAAUCCGAACAAGCACAAGCAGGUGACUGGCGGGCAAGAUGGGCGAGCGAAAAACUGCUCGGCUACUCCAAUGGUUCAUAUCUUUCGGUUCCACCAGAAAGACGGCAAAGGAGUGGUGAUCAAAGUUUGCAAGUGCCCAACGCGGAUGACUUAAGCGACUACUCUGGUGCUCGUACCAGAAGAAGGGCAGAGCCUUAUCCCCGCAGUCACGCUUUGGAAGGCAGUGCUUCCAGCAUCGAUGGCGGUCGAAGUGGCUCGGCAACAGCAGCAGCAGCUCGACGAAAAGCACGUUCAAAGCGACAAGAACUUAAUUCAAGCGCAGGUGGAUAUGAAAGCAGUAUAAUCGGAGGUGCAUUCACUUCUGAUUCUGAAUCAAGACCGACUCGUAGUCGUUCAAGACGGAAGAAGCGUUCUAAAUCCGCUUCUAGCAAAGCACCUGCCCCUCGUUCCACAAAGCUAGACUCUUAUCCUACUACCACUGCAUCACCUUCGCAACAGAAACGUACUUUGACUGCGGCUGAAUACGAUGAAAUCGUUGUACCAGCUCAUGCCAAACGUAUCGAACGUGAAGAUGCAGAGGAAGCCAGGAUGACGAUGGAACAGCAACAAGCCUUAGGCGCGAUGCCAACAGGUAUGGUUGCAGCUGGAUCACCUUCUCCGAUCACACCUACAUUCCCGCAAGGGUCAAUGAGUCCGUCAAAGAUUGGUGAUGCAUCUCUGAUGACGAUAAUCGAUCAUGAUGAAAGUAAGAAUGACUCUACUUAUCUUCGACGUAGAGAAGCAACAGAGACUACAAACGCAUCCGAUAAACGUUUGCCAGGCCGUACUGGUAUGGAAAAGUCAACCACUUCACGUCGUCAAAGAUCAGCAAGCGGCAUUAGCACCGGAAAGCGUCAUGGAAGCGGUCACGUCGUACGCGAAGAACGAGAAAGGGAUCAUGACCGAGAAAGCAGACGUCACGGAAAGCAAACAACCAAUUCAUCUUCUCAUUCCAUUGCACGAUCUACCAAAUCAUCUUCACGAAAAGGAUAUGGCUGUGAUGAUAUUGUGGCAUGGCAAGCAAGUUUACGUAUGGCCGCCUUGCCUUCCGUUUCAGAGUCAUGA